AUGGCGGGCUUGAGCUUGCUUUGCUACAAGUGCCACUCCAGCACAUCUAGCAAACAGGCAUACCGAUUUGCACGAUUGAAUCGGUGUGCUUUGGCCACAUCCACCACUGCAGAACCUGCAUUGGAUGAAGUGUCGGAGGGCCGAGCAUCCUCAGAGAAGCAUCCGCAACUGCAGUUGAAACGUGAUGGAGCAGGUAAGGUGGAGAAGUUGACCAUUACAACCCCUUUGUUUUAUGCCAAUGGGUCUCCCCAUAUUGGUAGCGCAUACCCUGCCAUUGCAUCGGACGUUUUAGCCCGGUAUGCCAAAUUGCACGGAGCAGAAGUGCACUACGUCACGGGCAUGGAUGAGCAUGGCGAGAAGAUUGCACAAACAGCGGCAACCAACAACAAAACCCCGCAAGAGAUGGUGGAUAGCAUCGCGGAAGAGUUUCAGGAGCUAUGGAGCUUGUUGGACGUGGAGGCCAACCACUUUGCGCGGACCACGCCAGACAGGCACAAGGCGAUAGUCCGCGAGAUGUGGCAGCGGUGCUUAGACAAUGGAGACAUUUACAAGAAGGACUACACGGGCCAUUAUUGUGUCGGAUGCGAAGCAUACUUGGACAAAGAUGAGAUGUUAGAGGGAAACAUCUGCAAAAUCCACCAGAAGCCGACGAUAUUACGCACUGAAGAGAACUAUUUCUUCCGGCUUUCCAAAUAUUGGGAUGACAUCCGGGAGCAUAUUGAGAAAAACCCAGAUUUCAUCUUGCCGACUAGCCGGCGUAGUCAGAUUUUAAUCUGGCUUGAAGAUGAUAACAAGCGCGACUUCUCAAUCUCGCGUGCCAGCACUUCUUGGGGAAUCCCUGUUCCAGGUGACGACUCGCAAGUUGUUUACGUCUGGUUUGAUGCGCUCCUGGGGUACCUGUCCUCAUUGCUGCAACCCGACGACCCAGCCACCUUGGAUGCGGUUCUCUCGCGGGGCUGGCCUGCCGAGGUCCAUGUCAUCGGGAAGGAUAUCAUGCGGUUCCACGCCAUAUACUGGCCAGCCAUGCUGAUGUCUGCAGGGCUGCCCCUUCCAAAACACAUUUGCACGCAUGGCUUUCUGACAAAGGAUGGCCUGAAAAUGGGCAAGUCCUUGGGAAAUGUGGUGGAGCCAGUUCCACUGGUGCAGUCUUUUGGUCCGGAUGCUGUUCGAUUUUUUUUUGCCGGGUGCCUGGCUUUCGGGGAGGAUGGGGACUUCAGUUAUGAGACCUUCAUCAAGAGGGUUAACAGCAGCUUAGCGAACGAGCUUGGAAACCUGGUGCAUCGCAUCCUCACCUUGUCCCGCAAAAAUUUGGAGGAGGCUUGCUCUCCGAAUGAUUUGGCAACAGGAAGCCUUGACAACCACCCUGUGCGUCUCGCUUCCUUGCGGGCUCCAGCAGAAGUCGCCCGCCACUACGAGCAACUAGACAUUCCCAAGGCCAUGCUGGCUGUCUUCGAGCUGGUUGGCGUGGGCAACCUCAGGAUGACCCAGGUUGAGCCAUGGGCCAAGCUCAAGAAGAACAGCAGCGAGGAAGAUAAGAAGGAAGCGCUGUGCGAACUGCUUAUGAUGGCAGAAGGUGCCCGGAUCUGUGCCGUGCUACUGUCGCCGGUGACUCCCCAGCUCAGCAGGAAGAUCUUGGACGAAUUUGGUCUUGGCGCCGAAGGAGACCUGGCUUGGAGUCAAACUUCUUGGUCAUGGGAAGUGAUUCCCGGGCUGGCUGCUGGGCCGAAGCCAACACCAGUGUUCCAGAGAAUCGACCUGGAACCCUGGAAGGGGAAAUGA